AUGGCGUGCGGGGCGACUUUGAAGCGGCUCAUGGAGUUCGAGGCGGCGCUGCCGAGCCCUGGUUCCCUGAAGCGGAGGCGCUGCGCCCUUCUGCCCGGCCCCACUCCGGGCCUCAGGCCCCCGGACGCCGAGCCGCCGCCGCUGCUCCGGUCGCAGACCCCAUCGCCGACUCUGCAGCAGCCCGCCCCGCCCGGCGGCGAGCGGCGCCUUCCCACACCGGAACAAAUUGUUCAGAACAUAAAACAAGAAUAUAGUCGUUAUCAGAGGUGGAGACAAUUAGAAGUUGUUCUUAAUCAGAGUGAAGCUUGUACUUCGGAAAGUCAGCCUCAUUCUACAGCACUCACAGCACCUAGUUCUCCAGGUACCUCCUGGAUGAAGAAGGACCAGCCCACCUUUACCCUCCGACGAGUUGGAAUAAUAUGUGAGCGUCUCUUAAAAGACGAUGAAGAUAAAAUUCGAGAGGAGUAUGAGCAAAUCCUCAAUAUCAAACUAGCAGAACAAUAUGAAUCUUUUGUGAAAUUUACACAUGAUCAGAUUCUGCGAUGAUAUGGGACAAGGCCAACAAGCUAUGUGUCCUGAAGCUUUCUUGCAUACCUGGGUACCAGGUUUGACCUCAGGAGAUGGCUGCUGUACACUUUUUGCAACUGGUUUGAUAUCACAUUUCAGCUCCAACUUUGCAUCCUGAGAACACGUAAACGUUUCUGCAGGUCCAUUUUAUACAACUUGAAAGACCUUAAAACUUUCUGGUUGCCACAAGCAUAUCUUUCUUUUCUGCUCAUCCAAUAAACAGCUGUGCCCU